AUCGGGGAGAGAGCUGGAGGAGCCGCCGCCGAGUGAGUCGCGAGACCGCAGCCCCAGGCACCGGGCACGCUCUUCUGGUGUCGGAGCCGGAGCCACACAGUGCGCCUGAGCGACCCAGGAGACAAGCCUGGGACGGAGCGGCCGGCCGAGGCAGGGGCUGCUGCGGAGGACCGGGAGGAGCCGCGCUCCAGGGUCCGGGGCGGCCGGGGCGGAGGCGAGGGAGCAGGGUCAGAGUUUGGACAAAGAGCUCUGCAGAGGUCCCCCCCGGUGUCCCGCCAGCGCCUGCGGGCGGGACGAGGUGGCCGGGAGCCCCGGGGCGACCCCGUGGAUGUUCUGCGCGCCGCCAGGGAGCCGCCGGCACAGCCACGAGAGGAGGAAUGCACCGGCCGCGCCGCCGCGGGACGCGCCCGGCACCGCCGCCGCUGCCGCUGCUGCUGCUGCUGCUGGCCGCGCGCGGGGCCGCUGCGCAAGAAACAGAGUUAUCCAUCAGUGCUGAGCCAGUGCCUACCUCAUCCUGGAACAUUUCAAGUGAAAUCGACAAAGAUUCUUACUUAACCCUUGAUGAACCAAUGAAUAACAUCACCACAUCCCUGGGGCAGACUGCUGAAUUGCACUGCAAAGUGUCUGGGAAUCCACCUCCCACUAUCCGCUGGUUCAAGAACGAUGCCCCUGUGGUCCAGGAACCUCGUAGAAUCUCCUUCCGGGCAACCAACUAUGGCUCUCGGCUACGGAUUAGAAACCUGGACACCACAGACACUGGUUACUUCCAGUGCGUGGCAACCAAUGGCAAGAAAGUGGUUUCUACCACUGGAGUCCUGUUUGUCAAGUUUGGGCCUCCACCUACUGCAAGCCCAGGAUCCUCAGAUGAGUAUGAAGAAGAUGGGUUCUGUCAGCCAUACAGAGGCAUUGCGUGUGCACGUUUUAUUGGCAACCGCACCGUGUAUAUGGAGUCUUUGCACAUGCAGGGUGAAAUAGAAAAUCAGAUCACAGCUGCCUUCACCAUGAUUGGCACCUCCAGCCAUCUGUCUGACAAGUGCUCUCAGUUCGCCAUCCCCUCCCUGUGCCACUACGCCUUUCCGUACUGUGACGAGACCUCCUCUGUCCCGAAGCCCCGCGACCUGUGCCGUGACGAAUGUGAAGUCCUGGAAAAUGUCCUGUGUCAGACAGAGUACAUUUUUGCCAGGUCAAAUCCCAUGAUUUUGAUGAGGCUGAAGUUGCCAAACUGUGAGGAUCUCCCCCAGCCGGAGAGCCCGGAAGCCGCGAACUGCAUACGGAUUGGCAUCCCCAUGGCGGAUCCUAUCAACAAAAAUCACAAGUGCUACAACAGCACAGGCGUGGACUACCGGGGAACUGUCAGUGUGACCAAAUCAGGGCGCCAGUGCCAGCCGUGGAACUCGCAGUACCCCCACACCCACAGCUUCACGGCCCUCCGCUUUCCGGAGCUCAACGGAGGCCACUCCUACUGCCGCAACCCUGGCAACCAGAAGGAAGCUCCCUGGUGCUUUACCUUGGAUGAGAACUUUAAGUUUGACCUGUGCGACAUCCCAGCGUGUGAUUCCAAAGAUCCCAAAGAGAAGAAUAAAAUGGAAAUCUUGUACAUUCUGGUGCCAAGUGUGGCUAUUCCCUUGGCCAUCGCCUUCCUCUUCUUCUUCAUCUGUGUCUGCCGCAAUAACCAGAAGUCUUCCUCGCCCCCAGUCCAGAGGCAACCAAAACCCGUGCGAGGACAAAACGUAGAGAUGUCCAUGCUGAAUGCAUACAAGCCCAAGAGCAAGGCUAAGGAACUGCCUCUUUCUGCGGUGCGUUUCAUGGAAGAACUGGGUGAAUGCACCUUUGGAAAAAUCUACAAGGGCCAUCUCUACCUCCCAGGCAUGGACCACGCCCAGCUGGUGGCGAUCAAGACCUUGAAAGACUACAACAACCCCCAGCAGUGGGCAGAGUUUCAGCAGGAGGCCUCCCUCCUGGCCGAACUACACCACCCCAAUAUCGUCUGCCUCCUCGGUGCUGUCACCCAGGAGCAACCCGUGUGCAUGCUCUUUGAGUAUAUGAACCAGGGGGACCUCCACGAGUUCCUCAUCAUGCGAUCCCCGCACUCCGACGUCGGCUGCAGCAGCGACGAAGACGGGACGGUAAAAUCCAGCCUGGACCACGGAGACUUCCUGCACAUCGCCAUCCAGAUCGCAGCUGGCAUGGAGUACCUGUCGAGCCACUUCUUCGUGCACAAGGACCUCGCGGCUCGCAACAUCUUAAUCGGCGAGCAGCUGCACGUGAAGAUCUCAGACCUUGGGCUGUCCAGAGAGAUCUACUCCGCCGAUUACUACAGGGUGCAGAGCAAGUCUUCGCUGCCCAUCCGCUGGAUGCCCCCCGAGGCCAUCCUGUACGGCAAGUUCUCCUCGGAUUCCGACAUCUGGUCUUUCGGGGUCGUGCUGUGGGAGAUCUUCAGCUUCGGCCUCCAGCCGUACUACGGGUUCAGCAACCAGGAGGUGAUCGAGAUGGUGCGCAAGCGACAGCUGCUGCCGUGCUCGGAGGACUGCCCGCCGCGGAUGUACGGCCUCAUGACCGAGUGCUGGAAUGAGAUCCCCGCCCGGAGGCCGCGCUUUAAGGACAUCCACGUCCGCCUGCGAUCCUGGGAGGGCCUCUCGAGUCACACCAGCUCCACCACCCCCUCGGGUGGGAACGCCACCACGCAGACCACCUCCCUCAGUGCCAGCCCCGUGAGUAACCUCAGCAACCCCCGCUUCCCCAACUACAUGUUCCCGGGUCAGGGGAUCACGCCGCAGGGCCAGAUCGCUGGGUUCAUCGGCCCAGCGAUACCCCAGAACCAGCGCUUCAUUCCCAUCAACGGAUACCCGAUACCUCCCGGAUACGCGGCCUUCCCAGCCGCCCACUACCAGCCUGCGGGGCCUCCCCGGGUGAUUCAGCACUGUCCGCCCCCCAAGAGCCGGUCCCCGAGCAGCGCCAGCGGCUCGACCAGCACCGGCCACGUGGCCAGCUUGCCCUCGUCGGGAUCCAAUCAGGAAGCGAACGUUCCUUUGCUACCGCACAUGUCAAUUCCAAAUCAUCCCGGUGGAAUGGGGGGUAUCACUGUUUUUGGCAACAAAACCCAAAAACCCUACAAAAUAGACUCAAAGCAACCAUCUUUGCUCGGGGACUCCAACAUUCAUGGGCACACCGAAUCUAUGAUCUCCGCAGAAGUGUAAAACGGGCGACUUUGGUAAAAUACACCCUACCGGAAAAAACAAACAAACAAAACUAGAAGGUGACAGAAAAGAUUUACAUUCAAAUGUUUUGUUUUGUUUUGUUUAUUGAAGGUUCUCGUUUAGCGGACACUGCAACCAGUAUCUUCUGUGAAGUUUAACUGUGUCUUACCGGAAAGACACCAGCCAGCAAAAAUAAUAAUAAUAAUAAUAAUGCACUGUGGGAUUUAUGCUCCAUCAGAGUGUGUGAUAUGUCCGUGGGAACAGACCAUUUCAAGUAGUGAAAACUGCAAAACCAAUGAAGAGUAAUAGAACAUUGUAAUUAAAUAGCAAACCAAAAAAAAAAAAAAAAAAAAAGGAAGUCGAAUGGUGCUGUGUAUUUGCUUUUGGUCACCAUGACUCAUCUACCCCUCCAAUGUAUAUACUAUAGCAUUUGUCUACCUGCUGUCUCUACUUCAGGACAGAUGUUCAGGAACUAUGUUGAUUCAACUUAGACUCUAGGUAUGUUUGAGUUAGAAGGGGUGUUUAGCACCAUGGAGGGAACCUUAGGCGACAUUUUAAAUCUCGGAUGGAAAUGAGCCAUACAGACGUCAUGACCACAGAAGUCCUCUCCGUAGCUGGGCUUCUCGGGGAUGGUGUAGCGUGUCUCUGUGUGAACCUCCUCUCCUCAUCAUGAAGGCCUUUUCCACGGUCCCUUUUUGUCCCAAUGUGUUUACACAGGCCCUAAAGAAGGUAGCUGCGGAUGCUGGAAAUGGCUGUAGGUUACAAUUUGGGUUGUUGCUUCUGGAUUGGGGUACCCAAGGAGGCACAGUCAAGAAAAUGGUCCCUCAGCCCGGAUCAGUAUCCACGGGAGAGGGACAAGGGUUGUUUCAUUGCUCCUUUUGUCAGCCUCUGUAGGAGCUUCCCUGGACCACUUAUGCUGCAAACAGGUAAUGCUAGAGGCAAACCCAGACCCAUGCCUUGUAGUGUGUUUACAAAUUGGCCAAGGUCUCAGGAGUGCUUACUGUUAACAGACUGAACAGGAGGAAACCCUGUGAUGAUACCAGUAACUAGGAAAUUUACACUCUCACUUUUCUUCAUGUUUGUUUUUUUUUUUUUUUUUUUUUUCCUGGAGAUGUUCACUAAUUAUAUUCUAGCACCAAGGAUUGUAACAUUUUAUUCACAGAGCUAGCUUGAAUCCAAAGACAGUGCAUCUGUUUUGCAAAAUGUAAAAUGUCUAAAACAUGCUGAGUUCUCCAAAAGAUUACAAAACUCUGAAUUCCUUAACCUGGAAACAAUCAAUUUGAUCCUUUUUUUGCCUUCCUUAGAGGGUGACAUCAAGUGUGCCUGUCCUGGCACUUCUUGCCAGCCAUCUUUUUCCAAGUUCAGAAUCCUUGUGGGAUUCAAGUUCUACAUAGAAAGGGAUUGUAGAUUUGUUUUCUUUUUUCUUUUGUUAAAAAUAAACUCCUUUAUUCUAAGAAAAAAUGUCAGCAAGUUUUGCUUUUAUUUUAAAGCUAUAGAGACAAGAUGCACAAUAAAUGCUGGAAAUAUUUCAUGAGGGGAAUAUAGGAGUUAGGAAGACUCUGAUGUCUCUGCUUUUAAAGGUAGAAUUUGCAUAGGAGAUCAAGGAAAUCUGUCUACCAAAAAUGUGCCUAGGUUUUCCCAAACAAACAUGAACUUAUAGGUACUGUGAACUCAAAAGAGUUGGCUAUAUUCAGAUUUACUGAGCAAUAAAUAAAGACCUAUUUUGUGGCGGGAAUAAGCUGAUUCUAUGUAACAUUUCUUGAAGUGAAGUAGAGGAGAAGAUGUGUAUCCUUUUGUUGCUAUGCAACUGUUUAAUGAUGACACUUCAAACCACAAUUUUGUAUAUCAUAUGACAAUCAACUGUUUUUCAAGAAUAUUUAUUUUGAGGACACAUAGUCUCAGUGAAUCUGAGUUUUCAAGGAGUCCCUUAAAGGGGAAUUAGCAUUCCAUGAGCCAGUAAGAUACCUUCUUUGGAAAGUCCUUAUUAUGGUUAAAAAAAUAAAUAAAUUCAACUUAGUUUUUUUUUUUUAUAAAGAACUAGAACAUUUAUUUUUAAGCCUUGCAUAAUAACUGAAGCCAUUAAGGUGAGCAAACUAAAUCUCAGAACCACUUGUUAUAAUGUAUUAAAACAGCACUGUGGUGCUGCAGCACGCAGCCUCUUUUAUAUUGAAUGGUACCUUUUUCGCAAGCUGAAAAAAAAAUCUCACUUUGUUGACAAUGUUUUGUAAGGUGAUUUUAUUUUCAGAUUUUGUUUUUUUUUUUUUCUCUGCACAAAACUGUUUAUGACUUGUAUCACAAAAGUGAAAAUAUAUCUUCAUUUUUAUAUCUGGUCUGUUUCCUUAUUUCCUUUGCUUAUUUUUAAUUCAUUGUAGAUUUUCUUCAAAUAUAUAAUGGCGGCGUUCUGAUAGAUCACAUUACCAUAUCUUUCUUUAUUCUCACUCUAUGCAUUUAAUCACUGUAUCGCUUGACGUUUGAGUUGUUCUUAUGGGCAUUCCAAAUAGAAAAGCAUGGACUUGUAAUGACCAAAAAAACUAUUUUAUAUUGAGGGUAUAUGCAUUUGUAUUUCACCACCAGAGAUGAUAUUAAACACUGAUUAUUUUAUGCUGCUGU